CUCAUUUAAAGUCACUCUUUAGGUUUCGAUUCUUGGUCUUUCAUACUACGAUGGCGUCUGCUGAUCCGAGGGACGAGCUGAACUGCUCCAUCUGCCUGAACCUCUGUACAGAUUCUGUAUCCCUGAUAUGUGGACACAACUUCUGCCACUCGUGUUUUGCUAAGGAGUUGAAUACAUCACAUGGGUCUAGAGGUUUCCCCUGUUCUACCUGCAGAGCUGAAUAUCAGGAGCGUCCUCCCCUGGAAAAGAAGAGGAAGCUGGGUAACAUAGAGCAGCGUUUAUCUACAUCUAACGUGGAGGAGACCCGAAUCUUCUGUACUUACUGUAUAAAGUCUCUUGUCCCAGCUGUGAAAUCCUGUCUGCAGUGCAAGAUCUCUCUAUGCGAUGACCACCUGACAGUCCACAACAGGACCAUGGAUCAUAUAUUAACAGAACCCACCAACUCCUUUAACAUCAAAGAAUGUUCCAUCCACAAGAAGGUUCUGGAGUAUUUCUGCCCACAGGACGCAGCCUGUCUCUGUGUGUCCUGCUGUCUGGCUGAUGAGCACAAGGGGCACAAGAUAGAACGUCUAGUGGAUGCUUUUAAAAAGAAGAAGAAUGAUUUGGGGAAAUAUCUAAAUGAGCUAAAUCCACAAAAUGCAGAAAUUCAGACAAAACUUCAGAAUCUCAAUAAUCAUAAGUGUAAUAUUCAGGAGAAAGCCUCUGCAAAGAAGAAGAACACCAGUGAGAUAUUCAUGGACCUUAAGAUGCAACUAGAAAUGGCAGAAAAGAAAACAUUGAGAGAGAUCUCCAGACAGGAGAAGAUUGUGUCCAAGAUAUCUGAUCUGAUCAAGAAGCUGGAAGUAAAGAAGGACGAGCUGUCCAGGAAGAUGCGUCACCUGGAGGAGAUGUGUAAUGUCACCGACCCUAUAAGACUCCUACAAGAAAGUGACAUUACAGUAUGUGGUCAAGGAGAUGGUGCGGACACAGACGAAGAUGGAAAGAUCAAGUCUGAGGAUGACCUGGAUGAGGUUCUGAUCUCUAUGACCUUGCACCGAUCUCUGAGGGAUAAUUUCACCAAUGUAACAUCACAGCUCGGGUUCCAGGUUCCAGACAUAUUGUUGGAUGAGAACACUGCAAAUAGUUUUGUAAAGUUAUCAGAAGAUCUGAAAACAGCAACAGAGUCAAGAGAUAAACAGAACAGACCAGAAUCAUCCGGAAGGUUUCUAGAUUACUCCCAGGUAUUAAGCAAAUGUGGCUUCUCCUCAGGAAGACAUUACUGGGAGGUAGAGUGGGACAAAAUAGGUGACUGUAUCAUCGGACUAUCCUAUCCCAGUAUUAAAAAAAAAGGACGACUAUCUGGUAUUGGAGAUACUGAUAAAUCUUGGUCUUUGAUUAUGGAUACAAUAUGUAAAUCAUCACACAACUCACUUCAAAUUCCUCUCAACAUUCAGCCAACAUGUCCAACACUUGGAGUCUUCUUAGACUACGAGGCCGGGCGUCUGUCCUUCUAUGAGCUGUGUGACCCCAUCAGACACCUACACACCUUCACCGCCUCCUUCACUGAACCCCUACAUGUUGCCUUCUACAUGAACAAAGGAGCCUCUCUUACAAUAAGAAGCUGAGGCCAUAUCACAUUAUACUGAUGUCAUUUCUGGUCCCAUAGAUAUCUCACUAUAUAGAGAUGUAUGGACAGGACCCUCUUAUAACACAAUGCAUAUGGCGGCUCCCAUGGGAAACUUCCAUGGAGAUCAGAUACAAUAUUAAUCCUGAGCUAGAUAGAAAUGUUGUAGAUGAGUUUCCUACAAAUUGACAUUAUUUUCUGAAUCUUGUAUGACAAUAGGUGACUGUACUCAAAUGUAUAGUGAUGGACCCCGUGGGAUUAUUAUCACAUUACAAGUAUACAUAGAAUGAUAUCUUUAUAUUUACUGUCCAUAACAGGAUAGGUUUGCUAGGUGGUUUUGCUCCUGCUCUGGACAGAGGUGUCAGCAGAGAGCACCGUGGACAGAAAAAAAAAAUAAGAAAUCCAAAAAGAAAAGAAACUUUCUCUGUAGUAUAUAGCAGCUAAUAAGUACUGGAAGGAUAAAGAUUUUUUUUAAUAGAAGUAAUUUACAAAUCUGUUUAACUUUCUGGCACCGGUUGAUUAAAAAAUUUUUUUUUUCCACCAGAGUACCCCUUUAAAUGAAAUAAAUUGUAAAAUAGAGCCCUUGCUUCAAAUACAUGAGUUCUAUAGCUCUAUUUAUAAAAAUCUAUAAAAAAUAUAGCAGUAAACUCGAUCACAGGGCCCUUGUGAAAGAAUAGACAAAUAAACAUAUACAACAUCAAGGCCAUCAGCCCCCUCCCAUAGACUUGCAUUGCAAGGGCGGGGUGAGACAAAGGAUAGGGGAUAACAUGUCUGAUCGUGGGGGGUCUGGCUGCUGGGGACCAGUCAUCCGGUGCACUGAGCAAACUCCACAGCUGCCACUCCCCACCAUUUAUGUCUAGGGACAGAGUACCCCUAUAUUAAUAAAGCAUUAUAAGCUUAUAUUACUUAACCC